AAAAGGUGUAAAGCUGUUACAAAUAAGAGAAUACGUGUAGUUUGAAAGAGGCUCCGCGUCAGAGUAAAAAUUCUGCAUAGUAAAUGGAGAAUUCUCCUGUAUCUGGUGCCUAAUGAACACCCUGUAUUUUUUGCAAAUCCACCAUCUUUUUUUUGGGGGGGGGAGGGGGUGUAUUAUUAACAUUAUAACUGCCUGUGCAUGACGCCAUAUGCCUUAAUGAACCCAUUGUGCUAAACCCAAGGGCAAAGGUGGACCCUCUAAGUUUUCCGGCAGAGUAGCGGCCAUAAUGACAAAGUUUCCUCAAAUGACUGGGCAAGACAAGAGAUUGGAUUGCAACAUGAUGUCAGUCAAAAACCAGCCAGUGAAACGGCGGGGUUCCUUUACAGUCUUUAAUGGCAUUUCUUAGCAUGAUAUGCUUUAUUGGAACCUCUUGAAAAUCUUUUGAUGACCAGAAAAUUUCAGUGAAAAUUUUGUUUCACAACCCAUCUGUACUUUCUUCAAAGAAAGUUUAGGAACUUUGUGUUUCCCUGAGAACAUCCCACCUAAAAGGAAGAAAAAGAGGAAAGGAGAAACGAAAAUGAACGCUAAAGUGGAGGGGAUAGUGAAAUGUCUUUGUUUAAAAACUGUCUUUGAAUAUUUGCCCUCUUCACCGCCCUAAACUUUGAAAUGUACAAUUUGGUGUCUGGAACAUUUUCACCUAUUGCUCAACUUGUGAAUAACAUUUUGGGCAGUUUUAAGUCCUAUUGGCCACUCGAUAGUGAAAAGUAGGAAAUGGCUGAACUAGUUCCAAAUGGCAUUUUUAAGCAGAGUUUUCAAGGGUGAAUAGCCUGGUUGGCAGGUAUCGAAAGGGGAUAUGGGAUAGGGAGGCUAUUGGGUGAAUGGAUUACAACACAGGUGGCCCAAGCUCACUACAGGAAUGCGGAUGUGACUCUUGCUUGUAAGCGGUGUUGUGUUACAAACGGUUAUUUUAGGCUUGUAUGGGAUGUAAACGGUUUUUCUUAAAAGAGAGAAAAAAUGUUAUGUUUUUAAAUAAAAUUGACUUACCUUAUUGCCUUGUUGUAUUCUUUGUUGUCUGCCCGCGUCUCAAGCUGUUUUGAAGCGUUUUUGGCGAGUUAGCGCCAUUUUGGUGUUCCACUGCUAAGAGAAAGACAAGGCAGAACAGUGAUUUCUGGAGUGUCGGUUGCUCGAGGCAAAUAAUUCCGCUGGAAAAUUACCCCCGGCCUCAAUUCCUCCAGAAAUUCAAAGCAGUGAUGUUGCAGUUUCAUGUCCAUUCACUCGAUUCGCAAUUUCUCCCACAGAUCGUUCACUAGCGAUGCUUCUAUCUCUUGCUUGAUCGGCUUCCGAAUUUUGAACUAGGCUCUUCCAAACUGCCGUGGACUCGUUCACCGUUCGCAUAGUAUUUCGGGUAACUAAAAUAAGCUCGGCGAGGGUAGCCAGCGGCCUGCAGUCGACAAACAGGUUUGUUUUGACAACGGGUUUGUUUGUUGACUGCAGGCCGCUGGCUACCCUCGCCUGGCUUAUUUUAGAAAAUCACUGUUCUGCCUUGUCUUUCUCUUAGCAGUGGAACACCAAAAUAGUGCUAACUCGCCGAAAACACUCCAAAACGGCCUGAGACGCAGGCAAACAACAAAGAAUACAACAAGGCAAUAAGGUAAGUCGAUUUUAUUUAAAAACAACAUUUUUUCUCUCUUUUACCGUUCACAUUCUGGCCAUACAAGCCUUUGUAAAUAAUGGUUUGUAACACAACACCGCUUGCAAACAAGAGUCACGUCCACGUUCCUGUAGUGGGCUUGGGCUGCCUUUGGUUACAACAAUCCACUUCCAUCCAUCACAUUAAAAAUACUGAAGGUGUGGUCCUGUUUUCCAAAUUGUUAGGCCAAUGGUGUCUUUUUUUUUAGUGGUAAUUGAAGUGUAUGUUGUAUGAAAGGGUGGGUCUGUUAUCUACUUUGAACAUUUCUUUUUGCAUGGAAGAAUGAUAGGAAGAAGGCUUCAUUGUUUUUAUUAGUGGUUUGGGAAUGACUAGUGUUAUCAGUUAAUUAAUUCUCACUGGUCACGUGUUGAUAAAUACUACUACUACUACUACUACUACUACUACUACUACUACUACUACUACUACUACUACUACUACUACUACUACUACUACUACUACUACUACUACUACUACUACUACUACUACUACUACUACUACUACUACUACUACUACUACUACUACUACUACUACUACUACUACUACUACUACUACUACUACUACUACUACUACUACUACUACUACUACUACUACUACUACUACUACUACUAGUAAUAUAAAGUAACACUUAUUAUAUAGCGUUAAUUCCGUAAAGUUCAGUAGCACUUCACAAUAAAAAUAAUGAGGAAUUGUUAAAAACAUGAAUACUUAAAUAAGCAAAAGAAAAUUCACAUGUAAAAUUUACGUGUAAAUAAGAACUAACUGGUGUUAUUUAUCCACUCUUUCUCUUUCAGAUUAUAGUAGCUGUUGAAAAUAAGGAGCUACCAGAACUUAAUAAGUUGUACCAGCGAGGUCUGGAGAAUGGAGUUAAAGACCUUAAAGUCCUAAACUCCAAGGAAAUAAAAGAUGUUGAACCCUAUUGUGAGGUGAGUUUACUUUGAGCCAUGCACAGGAAAAUACAAAAAUGUUACAGUAUAUCGUAAUGGAAAUUUUGCUUAAGCUGGUGGGAUAUUUAACAGUUGACAGAGUUUCUUGUCAUCAUUUGAGGGGUGCUUGGAAGUUUGAGGACAUGAUUCAUGGCUCAAUACAGUUUUUAGUACUGCUCAACUGUGGCAGGCAUAGAAUGCCAAGUUAGAGAGACUUUGGUACACACACUUGACGUGAGUCUUUCUGUUGCUGGUAAACUAACAUCUAAUUUGUAACUUGAUGGUUUGUUUGCAGGCAUGGGCAGACGGUAAUUCAGUGUUUGUAAUUAAAAGUAUACCUCAUUCAAAUGUCCAUGAGUCAUGAGAGAGUUAGUCAUCUUGAGAUGGUGAAAUUUCUCAUGAAAAGUUUCACUACUUUUCUUGUUUUGUUUUUAGGGUUUGGCUGCCAUAUUUUCUCCUAAUACUGGGAUUCUUGACUGGGCUGAAGUGGCCAGAAAUUAUGGGGCUGACUUUAAGAAGGCUGGUGGGGAUAUCUACACUGGAUUUGAGGUCAGGUUAAUGUCAAGCAGCAAUAAACUGUUUAUAGCUUAAUUUAUCGUAGUAAGAUCAAGAUGAGUGAACGUGAAUAUUAUUUAAGGUGUAUUAAUUAAGACUUAACCUAUGUACCACUAACAGUGUCAAUAGACUGUUGGUAGACUAUCGGCUGACAGAAUUUUAGGGGAGCUCUUCUUCACUUUUACAAGUCACACAAGAGCCAAUUGACAGUAAAUUUUGUAAAUCAAUAGCCCCUUAGCUUGCAGCUCCCAGUCACAAGGUCUUAUUCAUGCAAAAAGUAUGGGAUUGAAAGCCCAUUUUGAGGUGAUUUACACAGAAGACUAAGAUUGCCUAGAUUUUAUAAUUAUUGGAAUAUCUUGAAAAUUCUUAAGAGUUUCAGUGGAAAAAAUACUCGACCACAAGAGGUGUGUGUUCCAGCAAUAUACUCCAUACUUUCUCCAUAUUCAAACCAUACUGUUUCAGGCAUUUUUUUGAAUUGCCACUUGGGAAUGUCUUUUAAGCAUAUGUCAGUAUUUGUUUAAUACAUGUGUUUAUGUAUCAAAAUAACAUUAUACUUUUGCAUUCUUUGUACCAUGAUGCUCUUAUGUUUCAUACAUUGUGAAUAUUGCAUCAUUUGGGAGUUAUCUGUAUUCUCCUCUACCCUGAUGUUGAAUAUUUCUUGUGGCUACUCUUGUUUCCAUCUGAUGUACCUACUUCAGGGUCAUGUUCUUGACUAGGAGUGGGGAAGGACGGGAUUGACCUCUAACCAUAUCAAAAUUAACAUCACCCCCUUCAGACGAAUGUUUUGGUUGGAGCUUCCCUCCCCUCGCAAAAUUUCAGAAUCACUCUUUCCUGUCUAUUCCAAUUUUAUUACCUUCAACUGGAGCACGCUGGGAGCUGUAUAUAUUUUUUCAUUGAAACUUAUCAGCCUGAACUUGUGUUAGGCCAAAACUCAAGUAAGUUUUUCUUUCAAUGAUGAUAUGGCUUUUUCAGGUCUCAGACUUCAGUUGUAGUCCAGAGAGUAACCGUUCACAAGCUAAAGAAGCAGGUAAAAUACCAACUUUGUUUUGUUAAAUCACUUUAUAAUGAUUGUCAGCUGUUUAUUUAAAGAGGGUAACGCUAAACAGUAAACUGACAAACCUGCAGCCCUCAUUAUGAAACAGUUAACAAUUACAAUUAAAAAUAUACAUAGAAAACUCUGAAAUUACAAUUAAAUUACAACAGUAAAAAUGCAAAUAAAAGUUUGUAAAUGGGAAGCUAUCACAAUAAUAAAAAUUACAACAAAGAAAAUUACAUAGUUGUAACUUUGGAGACUUGAUAUCCUACCUGGCAUGGGAGGGAAAAGGGACAGAGGAAUGGGGAGAGAAGGAAAAGGUUGCCCGCUAUAGGAACUCACUUUUGUUCAUUUCUUUGUCUGCUGAUGUCCACAAAUUCCUGAUUGGCUGAGCCACAAUGGGUGACCUUUGACAUGCAUUAAGUGAGAAACAACCAUGAUGUAGGUAUCAAAGGAAAUAUGUUCUAUUGGCAUAAGCUUUGGAUCUAAAGAUCACAAUUAUGCCAAUCAAGUAGUGACACGUCGAAACUUCUUCCUCUCCCUUUCCCCCACUCCCUUUUCUCCCCCUUCUUCUCCCCUCCAAAGGAAGCCUUUUCAAAAUCACUUUUGCCGGCACUGUUUCUUAAUCGGUGUUUUACAUUCUCCUUAGGUCACUCUCACCCAGUGACGGUUCACGGCAAAAAUGUGGUAAGCUCCAUGUUAUUUGGGAUCUUGUUUGUACUUGCCAGCCUAAUAGUGUUUGCGUAGUGGAUCUCCCUCACUUAUAUUUUAAUAACUCUCUUAUACGCAACUUUAGUGUGUUCAGUCAGGGUGCUUGGCCCCGCGAAACGUGUGUUAUUCUCCUGUAUCGGCUUAAUUAUCUGCCAUGGAAUCGUGAUUAUAUGUACUUUCGUUGAAAUUUAUCCUAUUUCAGGGGCACCCAACAAGAUUAUUGUUCAAAACCACUUAAACAUAGCAUUGUUAAACGUAUUUUAGUAUAUAAACAGUAGAUAUCGGCAUAUUUUUAUCCCCCCAAAAUUUUUCAUCUGUUCGGAUUUCCUAGCUGAAAUUCUAGUGAUUCGAAAAUUAUAGGGAUCAAAACUUACCUUUUCGGAAAAUUUCAGCCAGAAAAAAGGCUUCCGAAAAUUCUAGGUGACCUUUUUAGGGAAAAAAUCUGUUAAAAAUGGGCAAUUACACCAUUUUUUAGAUGUUCGAAAAUCCGAGGAGAGGCAGGCAAGCAAGAAAUUUUACAACAAAUGUGUCGAAAAUUGUAGAUCUCAAAUCGUCUUCCGAACAGAUAGUUUCCGAAAAUUAACGUCGGGUGCCCCUGCCAUUUGACCAAAAGACAAAGAAAUAGUUUUGCCUAAGGACUUUUCAUGCAUUUUAUUUGCCUCUUGUAUGAUCGGCCAAUAGUUGGUUGCCUAAAAAGCUCUGAACUAUCUUCAACUGUGUUGAUGGCUUCCAUUCUUUCACUUCAGAAGUUUUAAGGAAAGUUUUUAGAAAGUUGCACAGGUGACAACAAACGCAAUAACAACUACAACAACAACAAAUUAAAAACGCGCCCUAGUCAUAAUUGAACUAUUCUUUAGUCCCCUCUUAGUUGCCGUUAUGUUGUCACGUGUGGAGGUUUAUACUCGGAUCGUCUGGCAGAGAAGUCGGGCUGCCCGAAAGACCCUCGGAUUGUUCCAUUCAGAGGAGAAUACCUGAAACUCAAGGAUGAGAAAAGCUUUCUAGUCAAAGGAAACAUUUAUCCGGUAGGUUUUCUUAGCAGGGAAGCAUAAGAAAAGCUAGAUCAGUUUUAAUAAUAAUUAAGCUCAAGUAUCAUCUUUAGACAAAAUUGCGAGGAUAGGAUCUCGAAAUUAAAAUUUAAAAAUGAUAACUAAUUAUGCAUAAACCUUAUCACAAUGGCAUGUUAUGUUGAGGUCAGCUAUAAUUUUUUAUUAAAAAAAUAUGAUUCAGAUAUGUAAAUUAAUAAUGACGUUAUUGGUUUUGUGGUCAUUAUUUACUUCUGGUACAUAUCGAAGGUACAAAAUGCCAGAAACAAGUUUUCUUAUCGCAAAAGUUUCAACACAGUCAAUAUUUGUUUUUGUUUUCUGUAUACAGUGCACGGAUAGUUGUCAACCAAAAAGCGCGCAUUGACUAUUUUCCAAUUGCCCAUAAUACACUCUGUUUGCCCCCCAAAUUUUGCAUAACUUAUUGUCUUAAAAUGCUCUUGGGAAAAUGCAAUACUCCCAGGAGCAUUUAAAAACAAUGGUUUAUGCAGAAUUUGGGGGGCAAACAGAGUGUAUUAUGGGCAAUUGGAAAAUAGGGAAUGAGCAAAUGUGGUCUAUGUGAAUCUGUUGAAUGCCGGAAAAACGUUCCACAGCAGUAGCUACGACUCUGCCAUUAGCAGUUUGAUGUCGCAAAACGUACGGGGUAGUCUGUCCCUGUUAAACCCGUCCUUGGCAUUCAACUUAGCACUUGUUCAUUAAUUAGUUACUUGACUGAUCGAGUAAUGGAUUAAUUCAUGCUUUGUAGGUACCAGAUCCCAACUUUCCUUUCCUUGGGGUUCAUUUUACCCCGCGGAUUGACGGCAGCGUGUGGCUUGGGCCCAAUGCUGUUUUGGCAUUCGCUCGUGAAGGAUACAAACUAACAGAUGUGAAUGUUAAAGACCUGAUAGACGCUUUAGGAUAUCGGUAUGUAGUUAACGCCUUGUUUGUGUGUUUUUGACUUUGAAAUCCACACAGUGGAAGACGGAGAGAAAGUAACAGUGGUUUAUUAUUUUAUGUUUUAAUGGGCUGUUGGAAAAACUAUGUCAGUGUAUUUAGCAUGAACGUACUAAUUGGGAACGCAAUUUUCACGUUUCCUAUGGAAGCCGGGACCGCAAUAGGCCACUUCCGAGUUUCCCCGAGCCUCUGUAUCAGGACGAGGUUAAGUGCUCAGCCUUUAAUAUGCAAAUAAAACUCAUUUCCACAAGAAAGGUUGUGUACUUGGCCUCAUUUUGAAAGUGAGGGUUUUUGGAACUCGGAAGUGGCCAAUUUAACGUGGUCAUCCAAGUAAUGCGAUGGUCUAGCCGCUUGCAGGAGGGCACAUUUUUUCCUCACACAAUUGGCGUGAUGGGCUUAGAGCUUAAAGCAUUAACUUGACUUAACUUGUUGUCUAUGCCUAAGUCACAAAAAAAACAAAACAAACAAAACACGAGUUGGCGCUGUGCCUCAAGUGACAAAAUUGUGGUAUGAUAGUACAGUAAAAUCAAUGGCCCAAAACACCAUAGUCAGAGCAUUGUAGUAUGUAUCACAACAAUUCAAGACAUUUGUUACAUACAUAAGAGCUCUAGAUGAGGGACGUUUGUGUCGAAUGAAAACUUUUCAAGAGCUGCUUGGUUUUCUAUGUUUUGGAAAAUAGAGUGGAGAAGUAGUUACGUCACGUUGCCGUGGUAGCAAAAUUUCUCGAUGACAACAAACUGAAAACGUCACUGAAAAAGUGAAUUCGUACUAUUUCAAACUUCAUCGAUGUUAUCGAAUUUCAUUUAAUUUGUCAAAUGUUGGCGAAAUUUCCUGAGGUUGAAUCCGAAAGGAUCGUGUCUAAGUUUAGAAAAAGACGAAGAACAUUUUUGUGUUGUGUUCACUUACUCCAUAAAUUGGGCGCGUGAAAUUAGGAAGUUUCAUGUGGCAGUCGUGCAACGACGGCUGGGAAAUGUACAAAAAAGCGUGAUGCACCUGCAAAGUUGUUGUUUUACUAAUAGAAACUUAUUGCUUUUUUGCCGUUCUCGUUGCCGUCGCCGUCAUCGUUGCUUAAGCUCCCUAUUGUUGUCAUCCAGAAAUUUUGCAACCAUGGUAACGUGACGUCAUACCUCUGCUCUCUAUUAAGGCCUUUUACAGUCGCAAAAGAUGAUUUUUUUUUUACCAAAGCUGAGAAAAAAGGUCACUGACUCGUCUUUUACCAAGGUGUAAUUACCAAACUAACCACCUUUACCAUCCCAGCGCCAUUUGUAACGAAAAAAAACGCAAACAGGUGGUUAAUCGUCUUUUGAUUUUUGUGUUUCAGAGGCCUUAGAAAGCUGAUGUUUCAGUAUUUCACGUUUGGUGUUGGGGAAUAUUACCGUGGAAUUGUCAAAUCUGCGCAAGUAAAACAACUGCAAAGAUAUGUACCCAGUCUAAAGGUCGAGGACGUCGAGAGGUGAGGAACAAUUUGAUGUGUUUCGAUUAAAAUGUCCUUUGCUCUAUGAGGCACCUGACGAUGAGACCAAAGUUUUUGAAACCACGCUUAAACAUAAGGCUGAAGAAUAAUAUGUUCUUAGACAACGCAGUAGUAUCGAGUCAUUUGGGAGCUUAAGCAACCACCACGACGGCGACAACGACAACGUCAAUAUUCAAUUGCACGUGCGUCACCCUUUUUCUAGUAAAUUUACGACUCCGACGUAAAACCUCCUAAUACGAGCGACGUGAGCCUACAACCACGAGUUUUCCUUUCUCUUUUGAACCUGGAUAAAGUUCUUAACAAUUCAACUCCAACAUCCAAGGAAAAUCGCCUUCAUUUGACAAAUUAAGCGCGUCCAAAAUAACGCAAUAAAGUUUGAAAGGACGCAAAUUCAUUUUUUAGCGACGUUUUCGCUGCCGUCAUUGUCCUCAUUGUCGAUCGGUCUUAAGCUCGCUAUUGGUCAAGCCCUAACUGAAAGCCAUCUUCGUCACUUCAUGUCCCGUUGUUUGUUUUGAAACUCGUCACCAGUUUCCGUGGUAAUAGAUAGGCCUUUUCUUAGCUUAUUGCACAAACUUCACUUUCAAAGCGAGGCCUACAGCUGUAGUUCAAAAAUAUCUACUGUGACGAUAGUAUACUACACUAUUAGUUGGCCCCAUCAUCAUAACACGGCUGAGAGUAGUUAAAAAAAUGCUCAUCCUAAAAGAUCCCAUAACAACAUUGAUACAGAUAUUUUUAACCAAUCAGGGGCCCUGCAGGAGUUCGUGCCCAGGCCAUGGACAGUGAUGGCAAUUUAGUUGAUGACUUCGUAUUUGAUGGAGGUACCGGGGACAUAGGGAGCCGAGUCCUGCACGUGAGAAAUGCGCCUUCUCCAGGGGCUACCUCCUCAUUGUCCAUCGCUAAAAUGGUUGCGGAGAAAGUGGAGGAACGAUUUCACCUCUGAGAAUCAUUGGGAAACCGAUCAUAAACUCCUUAUAAAAUUACAUAAAUUCAUAGAAAUUUUAUCAAUAACAUUAUUUUGAGAGUGUGAUAAGUAAAUUCAAUCUCUCGGCGAGGGUAACAUACCUGAUUGGAACUUAACUUCGCGUGUCUUUAAUUUCGCAUUUUUCGCGAUUGUUAAAAAAUCGCGAAAUUAAAGAUCCGCGAAUGAAAUAAACACGCGAAAUUUAGUACCCAUAUAGAAAAUCCAAAUCACAGAAACAAAAAUAAUAUACAGGAGAUAUAUCGACAAAUACACUUUUACUAGUAAGUUCCAUUUUGUAUCUUCUGUUGUGAAAUAACGUUCGUUAAUUUGCAAAGAUACCCUGUUUACCUUAAAGCUAAUUUGUGAAACAUGUGUUUUGCGUGCUCCAGUUUACCUAGAACUAUACAAGUCGGAAAACUAAAAUGAAGUUGAGAAACUUUAAGAUCCUUGAAUUGCGAAAUUUAAUGCCUUUUUUCACAUUUGCAUAUUGAAAUCGCGAAAAUAAAAACCCUGCGAAAUACUGUCUCACCAAAAUCGCGAAAUUAGGUACCAAUAAGGUAUGUAUUUCUAUUAUUUCUCUUCACACUUUCGUUAAA